GCCAGACGUGCAAGUGGCGUUGCCUACGCGCCGGGGUGAAACUUGCAAGCUCCCCCUUAUCGAGCUUUCAGAUGGCUGUGCCUUUUAGAUUUUGACCUUUUCUUCAUUUUCCUUUUCUCCUGUUGUAUACAUUUUUUUAUUCUUCACUUCGUUCGAACAUAUAUGAUUCUGGUACGUCGUUCUCGCCGCUGAGAAGUCAUCCCCGACAUGCCACGAAAAAUCGGAUUCAACGUCGUGUAUGCAACCAGCGAAGAAGAUAGGCAUUCUUCGCUAGAACUGAAUGUUCAUGGGCCAACGGUAAGGGGUUGGCAAAGUUCAAGGAGAUGUACAUAUCCUCAAGAACUCAUUCUACGCCUUCAGGGCCCGACAAAGCUUACAAGGAUACAAGUCUUAGUUCAUCAAUAUUUAAUUCCUGAGAAACUCGAGAUCUGGGCAUCGAAAGAAGAGAAUGCAUCCGUGACGACCAAGUUCAGCUAUUUGGGUUACAUUAUGUUGUCCGACAAUGCCUCUACGAUGUAUAAAAGCAGAGAGCUGAAGAGCGCUGCUCUUCCGGAAAAAGAGGCGGUCUCGCUGAAACUGAGACUUCACAAACCGCACAGUAACGCGCACAAUAUUUAUCAACAGGUUGGUCUUAUCGCGAUUAAUAUCCUCGGUGAACCUUACGGGCAAGAGCUCACCGGCCAAGGAGACGCACCUUAUAAUCCUCAUUACACGUCCCCGUACGAUGAUUUGGCGUUUGAAAUGUACGUGGACCGAGAGGUAGCCAAGAUCAUAAGGCAGAUGGAAACGAAAAAGUUGCAGGCUGCGGAGGAGGAGAGAUUCGUGUACGCGUCGAAACUUAAAGUAGCGAUGGAGAACCUGAGGAAAGCCGGAGAACGUCUGGGGAAAUAUGAAUUGGAAAAGAAAUACGCCAUAGCUUUAGAGGAUUACGACAAGGCCAAAGCGAAGAAGGCACAAGCGCAACAAUAUAGACAACAAGUCUACCAGAGCUUAGAAGUGCAGGAUCUACUAGAACCUCAUGGGCCAUUGGAAAAGAACAACAAAUCGUCAGCAGAGGGGAAAGAGCCCAUAUCCAUAGAUACUUGUACCACGAGUACAACUACUGUUCCUGAGGAUAUCACAUCUCCUCCGAGAUUAGUAAUUCCACCUAAUCGCGAUGGAGCUAUAUCGCCGACAGGACCGGCGCAUCAACCACCUGUUUCACCUUUACAUCAGAAACCGAACAGCCCUGAUAUUACCGACAGUCCUACAAAUGGCGUAGUGGAAAGACAAAAUAACUGCAACAAGGGAUCUCUCAGGAGGAAAACCAAGUCGGCAGGACCAGCACUGCGGUCGAGCUAUGAGGCUUACGAGGAAAGGACAAUUCCUGCUUUAAGACAUUCGCACACGAAUGAAUUCACACGGGAAUGUCACAUGGAUAAUACGGAAACAAAAGCGAUAUCUAAAUUGAAUGACAGAGAAAAGAAGCAAGCUGCCUUACCUAUCUCCGUCUUCGGAAUAGAAAUGGUAGAGAAAUUCUAUUCGAAACAAUUCACGGAUAAAGAAGAGGGUCUGAUGCAGCUGAAGGAGGAAUUGAGGACCUUCGAUUCAGAAGUUUCGAAGCAUUCCGCAAAUAAGACAGCUAGAGCUGCGAUUUUGCUGCUACACAGAGCUCUCAGAGAUAAAGUAUUCAGCGUGUAUAGUCUGGCAGCACAAUUAAUUCGAAUUUUCUUCUCGGAAUUUGCAACUGAUAGAGUAUCUUCCACGGAAAUUGCGAGAAGCGUGGAUAGGCUACUUCCGGAAUUAUUGACGAAAUCAGGGGACACUACUCCGAGGAUCCAUAACAUGGCAGUACACACGAUACUCAGCAUGGCAGACUGUAAAUGCGUCAGGGAUUUGCAUAUUAUACCAGUGCACUUAACAAGGCCCGUUAGUAGUAGCACUCAUCAAAGAUUAGCGCUUAGCAGAUUAGAAAUGGUGGAGCAGCUAAUUCUCAGCCACGGAAUAUCUACCGAUAAACAAAGUGGGCUUACUUGUCGGACAUUGUCAGAAUUGGGUUCCUCGGGAUUGCACCAUCCAGCUGAAGCAGUUAGGAAAGUUUCCGAAAGGAUUUUAGUGCUGGUGUACAAAGUGAAUCCCAGAUUGGUCCGUAAGCAAUUGCCUCCUGAUGAUGACAUCACCAGAAGGAACUUAUUGUACCGUCAACUUUUCCAUGAAUUCGACUUGAUUGAUCUUCAGAGGAAAAAGGAAUCUGAAACGAGCAAUAAAACAACGACACCUACUCAGACAAAAUCAACGGAGAAUAAUGUAGCGAACUUGACGAAAUCUCCUUCGAGAACGAGUCCUGUUGUUAGUACUGGAAGCUCAACAAGCAUAACUUCUCCGUCCGAGAACAGUACGGAACAUAAAGGUGACAAAAUGUGCAUAUUUUGUCUUUCCAAGGGACAAGGUUACUCCGAGGAAGGUUUAAACAUUCAUUAUUGGAGGAGUUGCCCUAUGUUGACAAAGUGUGAGGCGUGUAAACAAGUGGUGGAAAUUUCGUACUUGAACUUACAUUUGUUAAAUGAAUGUGAUAUGAGAAGCAAUUAUGUAAAAUGCGAGACGUGCAAACAAGCAAUCAAUGAAAAUUCUUUCGAGGAACACAGGAAAGAUAACAAGUGUACAAAACCCAUCGAAGGCUACGAUCGUUGUCCAUUAUGCUCUGCUCUUGUAAAUCAAAAUAAGUGGAGAGAGCAUUUAAUGGGUGAUCAUCCCUGCGUGAACAAUCCUCGAACUAAAUCAGGGAAAAGCUGUUCAAAAUCUCCAUCAAAUUCUCAGAAUCUCAGCGGAAAAAUAACUACACCAAGUAAUCGGGAUUACUAGCAUCAUCCGUCAACUUCGAGCCUUUCGGAGUGUAAAAAAUUUUAGAGAAGGUUUUUCUUUUGUUUUCUUUUAUAGUUUAUCUGUAUGUUAUGAGCUACUCAGCAUUUUUCAUAUUUAUACUUGUAUUUAAAUGUUUUUUAUAGACA